CUUAUUCUCCCCAAUAGUUCUCUACCAGGAAUUACUCAUUCACCAGUACCACCUUCUGACGUUCCAACAUCUGAGCUCUGACGAACUACCACCUUGCUUUAUAAGGAAUUAUGCAAUCUGUGCAUUGAGUUAACAUCAUAAAGGAAGAUUACUUUUUUUUUAAUUCAUUAAACCAAAGGCAGCUCCUAGAAUCUGGGAGGAGGACAAAAGCUUUAGGAAGAGAGGAGGGACCUUUGUACAGCAGCAACACCCUGACAAGGAUUGAACAAGUAAGAGUAUUGGGGGCACAUUCUUGGGGAUGAUGUUGGACAGAUACUUAAAUAGACUCCUUGGCACCUAAAAGUGUGAAGGAUGAGUGGCGUUAUUUUACAGUAACACUUUAUUUUCCCCUUAAUCGUUCAAAGAGCUAGCAAUUCUGUGCAUGUUGUGUACUAUGCCCAUGCGUUGUUUUGCAUUUUAUGUGUAUACUGCCUUUAAUGAAAUCAAAGUGCCUUAGGAGAUGUUUACCUAUGCCUUUUGACUGCCUGUGCCUGGCUUCUCCACCCUUUCAAGAGAAGUAAGCAGAUUUCAGGUUCUCUGUGGGUGGAUUCUUUUCUACUUCAAUGAGAUGUGUAACGGAGAGAGCUGAGAAACAGCAGGGAAAGUGUGUGUCUGCCUAGAAGGAAGGGAGUGUGCACAUUACAGGCAGAGCAGGAGACCGGUAGCAUGGAUCUGGAUGCAGCUGAAUCAAGUGAACAGUGCAAGACUAUAUUCCUUUCUAAUGUGUUAUAUAGACACAGAUGAAAUAGCAAGGCUAAUAUCCCAGUGAAAAUGGCUUUCCAUGUGGAGGGGCUAGUGGCUAUCAUCAUUUUUUACUUAGCUAUCCUUUUUGUGGGCAUCUGGGCUGCCUGGAGAACGAAAAACUUGCGUGGUGAUGGAGAUCCUCGAGAAGGAAUUAUUGUGGGAGGCAGAGAUAUUGGGCUACUCGUGGGGGCAUUCACUAUGACCGCGACAUGGGUUGGUGGAGGAUACAUCAAUGGGACAGCAGAAGCCGUUUAUGUGUCAGAUUAUGGCUUGGCUUGGGCGCAGGCACCCAUUGGCUACUCCCUCAGUCUGAUUGUCGGUGGCCUGUUUUUUGCCAAGCCCAUGCGAUCAAGGGGCUAUGUAACCAUGCUGGAUCCAUUUCAGCAGAUCUAUGGGAAGCGCAUGGGUGGGUUACUUUUCAUACCUGCUCUCAUGGGAGAAAUGUUUUGGGCUGCAGCAAUACUCUCAGCAUUAGGUGCCACCAUUAGUGUCAUUGUGGAUAUUAACAUCAACAUUUCUGUAGUAGUCUCUGCUUUGAUUGCCACAUUUUAUACACUUGUCGGUGGACUCUACUCUGUUGCAUACACAGAUGUGGUGCAAUUAUUCUGCAUCUUCAUUGGGUUGUGGAUCAGCGUGCCCUUUGCGAUGACUCAUCCAGCCGUUACAGACAUUACAGUGACAGCGGUGAAGGAAGUCUACAAGGAGCCAUGGCUUGGCAGCAUAAAGGCCUCUGAUGUCUGGUCUUGGCUUGACAGCUUCUUGUUAUUGAUGCUUGGAGGUAUCCCUUGGCAAGCUUAUUUCCAGAGGGUUCUGUCUGCCUCUUCUGCUACAUAUGCUCAAGUUCUUUCAUUCUUAGCUGCAUUUGGAUGCUUAGUCAUGGCUAUUCCGUCAGUGCUAAUUGGAGCUAUAGGAGCAUCUACAAAUUGGACCCAGACUUUAUAUGAGCAUGAUGAUCCACAGAGCAAUGAAGAAGCAGAUAUGAUACUUCCCAUUGUACUACAGUAUUUAUGUCCACCCUAUAUCUCCUUCUUUGGUCUUGGUGCUGUAUCUGCUGCUGUGAUGUCAUCAGCGGACUCAUCCAUCCUAUCUGCUAGUUCCAUGUUUGCUCGGAAUAUAUAUCAGCUCUCAUUUAGGCAAAACGCAUCAGAGAAGGAAAUUGUCUGGGUCAUGAGGAUAACAGUGUUUAUAUUUGGCGCAGCAGCUACUGCUAUGGCACUUCUGGCUAAAUCAGUGUAUGGACUUUGGUACCUCAGCUCUGAUCUUGUCUACAUUAUCAUCUUCCCACAGUUGCUUUGUGUACUGUUCAUCAAAGGAACCAACACAUAUGGCUCUAUCGCAGGAUAUGUUUUUGGGGCUUUAUUAAGGAUAAGCGGAGGUGAACCAUACUUACACCUACAGGCUUUCAUUUGCUUUCCUGGCUGCUAUCCUGAUAAGAAUAACAUAUAUUUGCAGAGGUUCCCAUUUAAAACUCUUGCCAUGGUGACUUCAUUUCUAUUCAACAUAGCUUUCUCUUACCUAGCAAAGUAUCUAUUUGAAAAGGGGACAUUAUCACCAAAGUUUGACUUUCUCAAUGCUGUGGUGGCCAAACACAGUGAAGAAAACAUGGACAAGACAACUCUUGUAAAAAGUGAUAACAUAGUUUUGUCGGAGUUGGCACCAGUGAAACCAAGGCAAAGCCUAAGUCUACCUACUACAUUCACCAACAAAGAAGCAAUCAGUGACUUAGACUCAAGCCCAGAAUCUCCUGACUCUGAAAACAAGGAAUUGUGAUAUAGCCAUGACCAAACUAUUGCAAUGAAAAAUGUGUACAAUGAUACACAAGGGGUAAGCAGCAUUUUAUCCCAAAUAUGCAUUUUUGCAAUACUAUUUCCAUUGCACAAUUCAGAGCAGGCUUCUCUGAAGUCAGUCUUUGAUAAUGUAACAUCUUGUUCUGCACUGUUUGGCCCCUGGCCCAGAUGGUCUGCCUAAUGGUGUGAUAUCUUGUUUUGUUGUCUGUUUGAUUUUGCUAACUGAUGUAGCAAUAAAUCUUGAGAGUAAGUUAGUAAAGAAGUCUACAUUCAGUCAGAAUUUAAUAACAUCAUCAUCCAAACCAGGUAUAUUACCUCUUGUGUAUGUAUGUAUAUAUUAGUAUACAGUAUAUAAAUAUUAUACAUGCCAAAUAAAUAGUUUUAUUUUGUAAGUGGAAGUGCAAAACAAUUGCCAUUUUAACUUUAUUUUUAUAUAAUUUAAUAACACCAGCGUUUUUGCACUAAUUUUCAAAUGGUAAGGUUUCUUAGUAUCUACAGUCAUACAUAAUCAUGUUAUUAAUAUCAGCCAUUGAGUUGUUAGCAGUUCAACAAAAGCUGGUAGGUAACAGUUUAGAUUUCAGUGGUCUCAACCAUAAUAAAAUGUCUGUUUUUUCAUUGUCUAUAAACUGCUUGACAACACAAAAUCACAAAGGACAAGAGUCUUUUGUUAUAUACCUUUGUUAUAUAUAGUACUAAUUGUAUUGAAGUAUACCCAAAGAUUGGGCAGGGUGGGUUCAGAGAUAGGAAGCUGCAAGUCCCAGCAAAUCUUCAACAAAAGGCUUUACAAUCAUUGGAGAUGGAGUUAACUAAUAAUUCAUGUGAGCCAACUUGCUUUUUGUCCCCUAAAUUGCAAUGCAUUGCCCCUCAUUACUAUUUUCCAGUAGGGUUUAUAUAUUUAAACGUCCAAUUAUUUGUUCACAACAGAUCUUAGAAGAGUCUUUUAAUUACGUGCUAACUAUUCAUAUGAUCAUUUUAAUGGUUACUGCACUCUGAGCUUUUACUGCUGAGCAAAUAAUGUUAAAACUGAGGCUAUGAAUUAUGUCUCAUAUAGAAGCACAUCCAGUGUUGGAAUGGGAGCCAUAAAACCUUAGAUCAUAGCUCCACACUCCAAACUAUUAUUUGCUCCUCUCUUAUCCUCACUCAGAUUAUUUAUUCUCCAUUCUUUUCUCUAAAUUCUAUACUAUAUUCUUCCAUUUUAUGUGUUCCCAUAGGGAAAUAGAAAAAGAUCACGAAAUAUGAAAAAUGAUUAGACGUAAGAUAUGGUGGAUAGGUUCAGUCCAACACUGAGCCUAUACAUCCUGUGCCCUUCCUUAGACACCUGGCUAAAUGUUUCAUUGUCUGUAUUCUUCCAUAAACCACUUUAUUAUUAAGGUUAUAGUUUGUUGACUACAAAAAUACAUCUUAAUGACUAAUUACAAAAUGUGAUGGCACCAUAGGGGAACUGAACCUACAUCUACAGAGGUAGAAAACAGCUACAUCCACAACAUAACAAAAACAUUUCCUGGGGCUAUUUUUAAACAAUUGCUAUUACUGUACAGACUAUCUGCUAAUCCCUUUUGAAUGGGUGUGCUUGGUCUGCAAUGCACAGUUCUUUACUAUGACUUUUCAAAAUUAGUUCAAUGAAUAGGGCUUGUGCUAAACAUACUACCGUAAUUGCUUAUUGUUCCAAUAAUAAUAAUAAUAAUAAUAAUAAUAUAUGCUUUUUGGUGUUUCUUGUACUAAACAGGGCAAAAUAUAAGUCACAUAUAUUUCCUGUUUAUCAAAUACAAUAAAAACAGAUCAGCAGUGAAAUGCCCUCAUGCCAUGUGUAUGAUGUAUGCCUAUGUACAGUAGAAUGUGACUUCCAGUUUUAGAUUAUGUCCAUUUUAGUGCAAUAAAUACAAUAACAAAAACAUAGAUAUUACAUAGCACAAACAACAGGCAAAAAGUAUGUUCAGUAUUAGCUUUUUUCAUUGAACUAAUGUUGAAAAAGAUAAUAUACUGUCAGUGUCUAGAUUCAAUAAUUGUAACUUUGUGUCUUGCUUAUUUUUUCUGUUUAUGCAUCUCUUGCCUUUAUAUCUUGCUUUACCUUUUACAUCUGUUAUGAAUUUUUGACCGUGUAUAUUUUUUUUGUUGAGUACGGCAUUCUUUCGAUAGGAAUAUAAAACUUCAAAGCAAGUAUUGAUUUUAAAGGAGAUAUAAAGCAAUGUUCAAUGAAGCCCAAACAGAAAGAAUGUGCAUUUUAAAAUCCUAUCAACAGCACCUGAUGUCUCUAAUCCUGUAGCUUUCUUACCAGUAGGUGUUCUUGAAACUGAGCUGUGGCUACCAUCUGGUGAGUUAAGGGCAACAAGUGCUUACUUGUUAUUUGGGGUAAUUGCACUAAUGGGACUUUAAAGUAUUUUUAAGAAAAAGGAAGUGUCUGUUAAACUAUAGACUGUAUUAUAUGUAUAGGGCUUCCAUUUGUAAAUCAGCCUCUUCCAUUACUCUCCAAACUGCACUGCAACUCAUAAAAAAUCUCCCAUGGGUACGCCUUACAAAUAAAAUUAUUUUUAAGGCCUCUGUUAUGAAGUCCUUCUUCAUUAAAACAAAAGUGUUAAGAAUAUUCUUCAAAGAACUGCAUAAAUAUAAGCAGUUCAUUCUUUGCUCUUACUAUUCUUUAUUUUCAUCCUUUAUCUAUAUUACACAGUAUUUUACAAAGAGGUAAACAUGGAAAAUAUAGUAAAAUAUUGUGACAUUUGACAAUCAUGGCAUUGCUCAAGGAUAUUAGAUAUAUAGUAUAAAUACAGUUUAAUUGUCAGUUGAGUGCAGAAGUUGCAACUACCUUAGUGGAGGCCAUAUGCACAAAAAUCUUAUUGCACCACAAAAGACAUCAAUGUAAAGUGAAGAAAAUACAGUUCCAGGUGUGAUCAAACUACAAUGGACUGGGGCAUUAGCAUUUGGGGAUAAAUAGAUGGGGACAUUUCAUUUCGUACACUAGUAUAUCUAUCUAACUAGUCCAAACACCAGAUAAUUGCUAUUCUUCUUUAUUUAUAUAGCAUUGACCUGUUUUGGAGAGUUUUAGAUUAUACAUCAUUCACAUCAGUCUCUGACCGAGUAGAGAUUACAGUCUAAAGGUUCUAUCACAUUUACACUCACUAGGGCCAACUUUAUAAGGAAUCUUGGAGGAGGUUUUGAAGUGUGUAAAACAAUACACAAAGGAAACCCAUGUUGUGCAGUUCAGUACACAAAGUAAACCCUGGUUGGUUUAUUUGUCUGUUAUUUGUUUGUUGAUUGAUAUUUUGUAUCAACUUUCCAUUGAUAUUGUCUGGGUAAUAAGUAAUACGUCAUAAAAGGACAUAUAGAAAAAUUAAAGGGGAACUAAAAAUGUAAUAUUAGCUACAGCAUACUGACAUAAAAAACUUUCUAAAUACAAUCA